AAUGAUUUGAUUCUAACCCAGACAAGAAUAAUGAAUCUGCAGUUCCAGGACUAAGGAUGGACGACCAAGUAGCCUACAUUAGAAAACAUGCUACAGUUGGAUUAUUUUUAGUCUGUGGAGGUAUAGGCUAGACCUCUCCUGCCCUGCACUAUGGACAAAAAAACAGAUCUACAUUGCAAUUUAAUGAGAGACAUUGUGCCUUGCGGGAAUCAAGACAUUUAGACAAACAGUGAGCUGCAGCUGCUACAGAUUCAGCUUCCUCUUUUUCUGCUGGGAGUAUCAGGGAAACCUUUGGUGUGUUAUAUGACAUUUUUUUGUAGUUACUGUAUUUCACUUUUCUUUUUUACUUCAAUAAUGACAAUUCAUGUUUUAUGUGAUCAACUCUGUUAAGUGCUUAGUGUGUAUAGAGAGCAGCACAUCUAUUAAAAGAAAGAAAGAAAUCAAAUGUGAAGGAUAUUACGGUACAGUUUUUCUUAUUGGAGGUACCACAUUGCAAUAGCCUGGAGAAUGAUGUCAAGAGCAUGUAUGGUUGGUUCCGUCGACUCUUAGUGAAAAAAGAGUCUCCACAGAGCAGCUCCUCUCCACAUGUACUGGUCAGGACCCCAUCCCCUUCUCUCGAUGGUGCCUCAUCAUUGGUUCUCACCUCCACUCCUAACCCACCACCACCGUUUCUGAGCUCCAUGAUUCGUUGGAGCCAGACCUACGACUUGUGUGUGUGCCAUAGCCCUGUGGACAUCGAAGAAGCCAUCCGUCUGGCCACUUACCUGGAGAAACCGGCAUAUGGCCUGCGCUGUUUCCUGCGGCAACGUGACGCCAGCGUGGGGGGUGCCAUCCCCACCGAGCUAUGCCAGGCUGUGCAGAGCAGCCAUUGCUGGGCCCUUCUGAUCACCCCCAACUUCCUGCUGGAUGACUGGUGCCAGUACAUGAUGCACCAGGCGCUGUCUGAGGGGCCCAUGUCCAACCGGAUCAUUCCCCUGGUCCUCAACCUGUCUUAUUCUCAGUACCCAAAGGAGCUACGCUUUUACUACUACAAAGACCUGAGCAAGAACCCAGAGCGAGGCUACGCACAGGUGUACAAGACAGUGCUGAAGUACUUGGAGGACAUGGAUGAAAAAGAUGCUGCUAAAGUUGAUUGCAACAUGCACAGUACUAGCAAUAGAUUGGACGGGGCAUCCUGUUUUCCAAGGACAAAACUGUCAUCAAACUAUCAGAAUUCUGAGCCUCUGCUUUCACUUCAGGAGAUUGAGAGGACAGAGGCUGCAGAUUCAUAGGACUAUUGUAAAUCACACACUGGAGGCUGCUGAGGUGAGAACAACUCAUAAUAAUGAAUGGAAUAGAGCAAAUGUAAUGGCAUCAAGCCCCUGGAAACCAUGUGGUUAAUGUAUUUGAUACCAUUCAUUACCACGAGCUCGUUCUCCCCAAUUAAGGUACCACCAACCUCCUGUGAAAUCACACGAUAGCUAGAAUAAAGAAGGGGCUGACUGACUUAGGGAAAUCCCCUUACAAAAGCAACCAACUGGGCACACACUGGUUGAAUCAACGCUGUUUCCACAUGUUUCAAUCAAAUCAAAUAAUGUUGAACCAACGUAUAAUAGACGUUGAAUUGAGGUCUUUGACCAGUGGGACUGCAAUGGUUGACUGAUCUGACAUGACCACAAUUAACUUAUUUUUUGUAUCGAGUUUCUUAUCACAAAUCUAAAUAUUAAUACAUCUAAUCCAUUUUGUUGUGUGCACACUUGCGAUCUCAAUGUACACUGAUUCACACAUGGUGCUCAAAAGCCAGAGUUAUGUGCAAUAGAAACCUACUUGGACUGGGUUUUCAGUGGAAUAAUAUGUAAUCCAACAUGGGAGUGUGAUGCAAGAUAGUAGAACAGAAUAUCCCUUUGGUACAAAUGAUGUUGCUCUGCUAUGUCAUAACCAAUGAUGUGUAUUAACCCUGGAUGACUAACAGGGGGCACUGUAUUAAAGCCACCGGGCAACCAUAUUGGCACUUCUCCUCAAGCGUAAAAAUAUUUUGGAAGCUGUAAGAAAUGUAUUUAUUAACGUCUACAUUCGUUUUUUUACAUGAUUAUUCUAUUACAGACACCUUAAUGCAUACUUUAAAAAUACAUUAUGUGAGCUAAACGUAAAAAAUUAAAAUUAAAAACUAUAUACAAACAUUUUCCUUCAAGUAUUUUUUCGAGAGUACUAAUGUUACUGUCCCCACUACUUUAUUUAACUGGGGAGAUCAAGCUGAUCCUAAAUGUUAUAAGCCUAUUUCUAUUUUGCCCUGUUUAUCAAAAGUGUUGGAAAAACUUGUCAACAAUCAACUGACUGGCUUUCUUGAUGUCUAUAGUAUUCUCUCUGGUAUGCAAUCUGGUUUCCGCUCAGGUUAUGAAUGUGUCACU